UUCCUCUUGGUCAGCUGUUGAAUUCGCCGGAUUGUUACAUAUGUUCGCCGGCACUCAACAAUACAAAUAGGCGUAAUGUUUCGAAGAUAUUUAAUUAAUUUCAAACAAAAUGUGGAAUUUAUGCACAGAAAUCAACAGUUUAUACAACGGCAGUUGACGCCAUUGCGGUACGUCGCUGCAGCGCCUGAGGAGCAGACACAACUGGAACAGUCGCAUAUUGAGGAAGCGGUACGUUUGAAUCCACUGCUGUCCCGAGUACCUGAAGCGCAAUGGCAAAAGACACAUGAAACUUUCUUGAAUCACGGCUUAAAUACAAGCAACUUUUUGCGCAUUGCCGUUGGCAAUCCGGAUGUGCUCGCACGGCCAAAACAACGUAUAAUCGAUGCGUUUGAAAAUUGGCGGAGCUGUCAAUUCGGUGAGAAGUUGCUUUUCUUGCUGCUAACAAAAUAUCCAGAAUUAUUGAACGUAAGUGACGGUUUACGCUUACGCAAACAUAUAAGUUACUUGAAAACAUUUGCGGGCACAGAUAAGAACGUUUGGAAGUUGCUCAUGAACUGCCCCGAUCUUAUGGAACAGUCAGAACAUCGUAUAGAAGAAAAAGUAAGUUAUUUAAAAGAAGUAAUGCGCAUUGAAAUACCCGAAAUUAUUAAAUCAGAAGCAUUGUCGAAACCAUUGGAAGAGAUACGUUGUCGACAUGUUUUUCUGGAGCGGUUGGGUUUGUUUGUGCCACGACCGUUAAAAGCAAAUCCAGAUGAGCCUUCGAAAAACCCACGUUUAUACCAAAUAACCAACACAUCGGAGAAGACAUUCGCCACCAAGGUUUGUCAUGUCACGCUGAUAGAAUUCGAGGCAUUUAAAGAGUUAUACGAGCGUGAAUUGCAACGAGCAGAAGAUGACGCUGAAGAAGGUGAAGAUGAAGAAAGGGAGGGGAAAAGGGGAUACAAAAAGUGAAAUACAUUGUAUUGUUGAACAUA